AUGGCGUCCGAGAAAGGUCCCGUCGCGACGGAAGCCCCGCCCUUCUCAUCUAAUACCUCCCAACCUACGAUUCCCUCCGAUCCUGUUUCUGUCGAGACCUUAACUGCUGAAGCUGCUCGUGCGACACAGUCGCUUAAGAGGCAGCGGGAAUCUUCGCCUGUCUCUCCGUCCUCGGCGUUAUCGGCACUCCAUCGUGAGCUAUCGCCAUCAAAAGUAGCCAGGCUCGGCCUACCACCGAGAUUCUCUCCACCUUUAACUGGAGCUGCAGCCGUCGAGGAGGAGCGGCGCAGAGAAGAAGAGCAGUACAAGAUACAAGUUUCUGGUGCUAGCGAUAAUACUGCCUUCAAAGCUCAAUCUGCAUUGAUGUCUGCUAGCGCUCUCGCCAUGAGCCGACCUCAGGAAGCUCCUCAGGAUGUGUCCCAAGAUAUUCCACAGGAUAUUUCUCAGGAAUCCCGCCAGGAACCACCUCAAGCUGCUCCUCAGGUAGAAGACGUGCAGCCUGCGCCUCCUCCCGUAUCCAUACCGCUCCCCGACGCCCAAAAUCCAGAAUCAAAGCCCGAUGACAUUAGUCCUCAGAGCGCGACUAGCUUGGGUAGCUUAGGGGGUGGACCUGGCGCGCCAGUGACGACUAGCCCUGGGCCCAUGGAGCUUGAUGGACAUAAUGAGCAUCCCGGCUUCGGAACGCAGCCGCCAGCUCCUAUGGAAGAGAAGGGAGUCACUUCGCUAUCAUACCCUGGUGUUCUUGCUUCGACCAACAUGCCGGCUCCUCCGAUCCGGGGCAUGAGCAUGCCGAUGACACCGAAUCAGCAGGGUGGACCACGCUCGCCGAAUUCGAAAAAGCAUAAGUGUCCCUACUGCGAGACGGAAUUUACGCGCCACCACAAUCUGAAGAGUCAUCUCCUGACUCAUAGUCAAGAGAAGCCAUAUGUUUGUCAAACGUGUUCAAUGCGUUUCCGUCGCUUGCAUGAUCUUAAGCGUCACACCAAACUACACACCGGAGAGAAACCCCACGUAUGUCCAAAGUGUGACCGUAAGUUUGCGCGCGGCGAUGCUUUGGCACGGCAUAGCAAAGGUCCUGGCGGUUGCGUUGGUCGUCGGAGUAGCUUAGGAAGCUUUCUCGGCGAAGAAGAGGUGGACGGUUCAAGCCACAUGGAGGGCGAUGAUUCCGCGAUGACUGGUGUCGUGUAUGAUGGUUCCAACGAAGGUGAGUUGACGGAGGAAGAGAGACGGCGUCUUAGUUUACCCAGCAUAAAAGCUCAGCAUGUUCAAGGUAACCAAACACUACUCGAACUCUACGUUUCACCUUUUUUAACACCUCAACCUUCAGGGUCUGCUACGGGUCGACUCUAUCCACCCAAUGUGGAUCGUGGUUCCGGAAGUUCGAACGCGUCCCAGACUCCCGGCACCAGCAUCUCAUCUCUCCCUGUAGGCGCUAGCAAUCCAGCUAUGUACGCUCAAAGCGCAAUGACCGAGAGCCCUAAACCCUUAAGCCCCUCUGGCGGGCAGGGCCAUGACUCUACAAAUAUUAAUAGACAGCGCUCGCCGAGCCUGACGGCGCAGUUCCAGCAACAGCACUUUAACCGUCACCAGUCGGAUCGGCACACACCUCCAGGUUUGUACAGCCCAGAGUCUCCUAAUGCACACUUUCAUACUGAGAAUAUCGAAGUGCCUGGAUUUGCCGCGGUCGACGCUGCUAGAUACGCCGCCUCCGCGGGAGCUAUACAGAGCUCUGCCCCUGCUUCUCAAUCGGCGCCUGGGAGUUCUGGCCAACAAAUAGUUGCUGGUCCCGGGAUCGGCCAUUCCCACGCGUCUAAUGGUCCGAACCAGAACGGUGGCAGCGGUGAUAGCACUAGCAAUAAUAUAUUUGCGACUGAUCAAGGGAUAUGGGCUUACAUCCACGGUCUCGAGGAGCAAGUCAGGCAACUGAAUGAACGUGUCCAAGCGAUGGAAGCAACGGGGAGAUCUCAAGAGGAAAAGAUUACGUAUCUGACGAACGAAAUGACGGCUCUUCGAAGCGAAGUCGAGAUAAAGACAGAUGUGACUGAAAAGGUCAGCUGA